AUGGGUGAUUCUCCAGACGUUAAAGUAGCAGAUUUAGCGAAAAGAUGCGAUCCAGCCAUAUCCGAAAUGAUCAAGAAUAUGGAAAAUUCAAAGCCAGGUCAUAAACGCGUAUUCCAAAAAUUACCAAAUCAUCUUCGAAGGAGAGCAAUGAGCUAUGAUAUCAAGAAAGUUCCAAAAAAGAUGAGGAAAUCAGUCGAAGAGCAAGUUGCCGGUGCAGCACAAGCGAAAGCUCGAAACAAACCUUCUGGUCGUGAUCCAAAUCAAUUCAGAGCACAUGGAAGGGAAUUAUGUAAGCACAGAAAUGAGAAACACAAAUGGCUUGAAACGCAUUUAUGGCAUGCAAAACGUUUUCACAUCAAAGAUUUAUGGGGAUGGAAAAUUCCUUAUUCGCCAACAAUGAAAGGAACACGAUCAAUGAUACGACAGACAUCAGAAACAUCUACUCUCAGAGAUAUAUCUUACACAAACAUUAUAGAUAUUAAAGGAUCCCUUGAAACCAUCAACGAACGCCUCCAAUCAAUGGUUGCACCAGACACAUACAUUGAGCCAUCGUUACGUAGUCUUUUCGAAUUAGACUUAUACCCACCAAAUAAAUACCCAGAAUGUGCAAUCGGACCUGCACAGUUUUACAGGAUAUCUGGUGAUCACUUGUGGUGCAUUUGUCAUCCACUUUUGACAUCUGUUAUUAUUUCUUCUCUUGAAGGUCUCCAAGUCCGAUCUUUAGAGGGAGAAAUUAAUAUUUUCGAAUUAUUCGGACCAAAAUCUACAGAAAACAUUCUCAAAGCAUUACCACCUAACAAAGAGAACUCAGAACAACUCGUUAAUACGCUCUACUCCUUGAAAGGACCAGGAACAGUCCCUCCAGGAUUUUCCAUCUCAUAUAUCUCAUCGGAUCCACGUUCUGUACCAUCAGAAUACACAAGAGAAGUCACAGGAACACCAGUAGAUAUAUUCUCUCAACCAGAUCUCGUUCAAUCUCUUUCAGAUUCGUCACUUUUCAAUGGAUGCAGCGAAUGCCCAAUUCCAAGCAACCAAAACUUCAAUGCAGAGCGUGCAAAACUCCUCUUCCCUUCAGCAGAUGGUCCAACAGGUAGAUUACCGUUGAUUUUAAUUCAACGUGUCACUUUUUCAAAAUUUGGCUCAUCAUGGAUUAUGAUUCUUCCAUUUGGAACAGGUGCCGCAGCAUGGAGAUCACUUGUAAAGACAGGUGCCAGGGCUAUUGGACUUGAAGAAUCAAGGUUGAUCGAAUUAGAAUCGAAUAAGUUCGCAUUUCCACAGUCUAGACCAGAAACAGAGGAAGGAUUCAAGGAAUGGACAAGAGAAAUGCUCGAACUCACAAAGGAAAACAACUCAAAACCUCCAGGAAAAAGAAUUGACCUCUCAUUCUUCGAAUUUCCAACUCCUUUCUAUUUAACAAAGGAACCAAUAGACGAUGCUUUUGCAAGAGUUAAGAUUGUAUGCUGCAGAAGAGGUUCUCCCUCAAGAUUUGCAAUCUUAUAUGUUCCUGAGAAAGAAGAUAUUGAAUCAAUCGGCAAAGUAAUAGAAUUGAAAGGAGAGAGAAAGAGAAUUGGAGUUGUUUCUGAUGGAAGAAACUCAUUAUUGGCUGGAAAAGGAAAGGGAAUCGGGUUUGUAAACUCAUUAUCGUUCGAGGAACUUCCCUCUUCUUUUGACUUGAGUAUAAAUGUCGAGAAACCGAAAAAUGGUGCCAGAUUAGCUAUGAUGAAAGAACAAGGCUCUCAGUUUUAUCACCAUGUUUGGUUGUAUUUAAUUUAA